UGGAACUAGAAUCGCCAUUAGAGUGCGACAUCGUCCGAUUAUUCUUUCUCUCGGGUGUCGACUGCGAACACGUUGAAGAGGUAAGCCAUCAUGCAGAUCUUCGUGAAGACCCUAACAGGCAAGACCAUCACCCUCGAGGUGGAGGCGUCCGAUACCAUCGAGAACGUCAAAGCUAAGAUCCAGGACAAGGAGGGCAUUCCUCCGGAUCAGCAGCGUCUCAUCUUCGCUGGAAAGCAGUUGGAAGAUGGCAGGACGCUUUCUGACUAUAACAUCCAGAAAGAGUCCACUUUGCACUUGGUGCUCCGACUUCGAGGUGGUGUCAUCGAACCGACCCUUCGUAUCCUCGCACAGAAGUACAAUUGCGAUAAAAUGAUCUGUAGGAAAUGCUACGCCCGUCUGCACCCGCGUGCAACCAACUGUCGCAAGAAGAAAUGCGGACAUACCAACAACAUCCGCCCGAAAAAGAAGCUGAAGUAGACCUUGUACUCCAACAUAUGGACAAAGCCACGGAAAAAAGAACGAUGUAUUUACUUCCAGCAAAUUUACGUGCGCUUGUAUUCGCCUCUAACAUUUGAUCCCAAUAAAAUCUAAGCAACCAGGUAAA